AUUUUGUGUUCCAUUUUUUUCUUUUUUUUUUUUGGUGUGUGAUUUUUUAUUCCAUUCUUUCUUAUAAUUGAUGCCACAUCAUCCACCCUAUCACCAGUUUAGCUUGGCCAAUUCCAGAACGUUGAACGGAGUGUCGAUGCCUCAAUGCCUUCAACAUGAUUUGGCGGAAACAUGUCAUCGCCGGCGCACUUCGGUAUCGCGUCGUUCGUCCAAAGCGACCGCCAACACGCUUUCACGCCGUUUGGGACUUUCCACAGCCCAAGCCAUUGCCACCACCACUGCCACCGCAUCACCCGAAAUAGCUGUGAAAACACCACGAAUGACCCCUAAUUUUGUGUCACCUCAACAUCCUUAUCUUCCGUCCACGCACCCAAAUAAAAAAUCCAAUCCGAUCAAAAAGAUAUUUCGUCAUAUUUUUGAACGGCCGUCCAAGUUAGCUACUGCAUCACCGCAUGCAUCAGGGUCCUCGUCGACCAAUUUUACAUUCAAUGGAAAUAGUAAACCGCAACGACGUCCAUCCAUGAAAAAAUUGGCUCGUUCAUUGCCAAAGACCAUUUUUCGUCGAUCCGGCUUUCGCCCUUCCUAUCCAGUAAACGACGAUCCGUCCGCACUUACUCCUGCAACCCAUCCACACCACUGCAUAAACGAUCAUGCCCCGCGGUCCCAAAGCAGACAAUAUCCAAAUCAUUCCUCCAGCUCCACCCUCAGUUCCGUGUACACCACCUUUAGCAGCUCUCAUCUACGUGAUACAUCAUGCGACCUACAGCCAAGUGAUCCCCACACUCUAACAUCGCUGACCGCAGAACCAGAUCCUCCCUACUCAUCUAAAGGCACAUCGAUAGACGCACCCAACAAUACCAUAGUGGAAGCGCACAAGGAUACGACCUUGAAAACUCAAGAAAAAGACACAGUGGCUACAGACAAAAAUGACGCCACCCCGGCCAUGAAGACUACUGUGGUGAAGGUGCAGAAAGAAGCUGUGAUUAAUGAUGAAGCCCAUUUAUCAAAAGGCCAUACGGACGAUUCGCUGCAUCAUAGUCAUUUGCAAGGAUCGCAAACAACCAUGGUGACGAUGAUGGAGAUCGAUGAACAGCAGCCACCGGAAUCCUGUUUACAGCAACAAGAGACGCAGGAGAGCCCAGCAAAUGCAGAUAAUCGAAGCAUCCCGGAUACCGAAGUUGAUGCCUCGGCUUUUACUGUUCAAACAAUGGCCCACAGUUUGUGGAAAGAAGAUGGAGCAGUCUGCCGACGUGAAGAAAUUGCUGAAUGGCUAGGCACUAGUGAUGAAUUUCGAUCCGAAAUAUUGACGGUGUACAUGUCGUAUUUUGAUUUUUCCAACGAAUCGCUCGAUCAAUCUUUCCGAAGGCUAUGCGCGAAGCUUUACUUUAAAGCGGAAGCGCAGCAAAUUGAUCGCAUUCUUGAAGCCUUUGCCAAUCGUUACUGGGCAUGUAACACUCAAGACACACUCCUCUGUAAUGUGGAUAUUGUGCACGCUGUCGCUUAUUCUUUGCUAUUGCUGAAUACCGAUCUUCACGCGGUGACGGAAAAUCACCGUAAAAUGACACGAUCCAAAUUUUUAAAGAAUACCAUGGCCACCAUUGCUUCCUUGGAGCUUCCUUUACCCGACACGUGCGUGAUCCCAAUCCAGCAUACCAGCACGCCUCUACACAUCAAACAAAAACGAUUUUCGGUCCUGUCACAACCGCCCAUCUUGUGUCAACAAUCCAGUUUCUGCCAUAAUAAAGUAAUAAAUGACCCCUCACCUGGGUCGCCGGGCCUCCAUCGUAUAUUUAACACUUGGCGCUCCAAUGGUCUAUGGCCCCACCUCGCCGAUAUGGGAUUUCACAAAUCCGACAAUGCUUGGUUGGAAGGCAUGGAGAAACUACUCAAAACUAUGUAUGACGCCAUCAAGGCAGAAAAGAUCGAGCAUGGAGGACUCUUUGUCAGUGAAGCGACCACUUUACCAGAGGACGAUGAGGCAGAUUCUUCUCCUCCUCGCGGAUCAAUGGAACUUUCAAGUGAAGCCAACAAAUCUUCCGUAUCCCAUACCACCGAUCGUUUGCACACGCGACAUCCAUCUGGUAAGACGAUCCACGAUGAUUCUUUUCCGCCUAUGGAUGGCGCCAAAACCAUCCGAUACAGCCGAAUUCCACCCUCAUUACUCGAUGCUGCGGCCGCCCUUCCUACCGUCAUUGACAAGUGCGAUGUCCGGGAAGAAACCUUGCUAAAGAAAGAAGGGUUACUGAUGCGGAAGCAUCUGAUGGAGUAUUCGGAAAAACGGUCCAAGCAGCGCGGUUGGCAGUUGUGUUACACGGUGAUCGAUCAAGAUGGGCAAGCAAAAAUGUAUCGACCGGUCUACGGAACAAAAAAAGAACGACGACGUAGUCUUGUAUUGUGGAGCCAAAGUCGAUCUUACAACCUUCACGAAAGCCUGCAAUGCAUGUCCCACGGCACCAUGGAUAUGCAUCUGUGGAAGCACGAUCCAAGUCAACCUUUGGGGAUGGUGGAUUUGAAGCAUUGUGUUGCAAGCCCUUUACCGCCUCCCGGCUGGAACGGGAACCGGCCUCACGUUUUUUGCCUGCAAGGGGGUGAUGGUGGUGUAUGGCUCUUUGAAGCGUUAUCGUUUUCGUCAGCCUUGGAAUGGGUCUCCAUUUGCAACUACUGGGCAGCCCGUCACAGCAAAGAGCCUUUAGGAGGAGGCGUGAGUAGCAUUGAUUACGGAUGGGCGUCCAAUACACCUUUAUCGUCGGCCAUUAAAUUGCCCGACUGGCGGCCACCCACACCGUGCAUGAUCAGCAGCACACUGUCGACGUCGGAUCAGUUAACCCGUUUCGAAGAACAAAUCCAAGCCCUGCACCAACAGCUGAAAGAACAUCGCGGCUUGAAAUCUACUAUUGAAACAAGAUUUCCUCCACGUUCGUUUCAUCGCAUGAAAGCACUGACCAACUGGGAGCUUCGAACCCAGUAUCUACUGCAUGAGGUGAUCAAGUUCCGGACCUACUGCGAUACUCUUCGAUGUUACCUUCUCAAACAAGAGCAAAAAAGUGACAUUACAUCUGAUCAAGCUAGCAUUUAAAUACAGCGUUCGUUACACCUAAAAAUAAUAAAACAAGAGACUAAGGGCAACCG